GGCAGGGCGCGGGAGAGUGUGCGCGCGCGCUGGUGAAAUAUUAUCAUUCGAUCUAGUUUUUAAUUUGUGUAUGUGUUUACGGACUUGCCAUUUUGUGAAAAAAUUGGUAAUCAUGGCGAAGUACAUGGUAUUUUUCGCACUGGCCAGCAUCAGUCACAAAAUACUGGUUUGUUCUGCACAAGGAUUUCUCGACCGCGCCCCAGUGCUGCACCUCACCGGGCCGGGGGCGGAAUUCGCCAAGAUCAUCACGGCGGGACCGCCGGCGCAGAGGUUGCCCGUCGCUGGUUUUGGCAAACCGGCGGCAACCAUCCCAGGAUCACCAUUCGGAGGACAAAGUUUCAGCAACCCACCCCCACCGCUAGGUUCAGGCCAGGACCCCGCGACCCAGACCUGUGGGUUGUCCCCACCGUUCUGCAGCAAAUCUCGAUAUAGGUCCAUUGAUGGAUCCUGUAACAAUUUGCAAAGACCAUCGUGGGGUGUGCCGCAAACGCCUUACGGAAGAUUGUUGCCUUACAAUUAUGGUGAUGGUAUAAGCGCCAUGCCAGUAUCCCGCUCUGGGAGUCCCCUGCCCAAUCCCAGAGAGAUCAGUUUACGUCUGUUCCCUGAUAGGCAGCUGGUCGACCCUAUUUGGAACCUCAACGCCCAGCAGUGGGGACAGAUUAUUACCCACGAUAUGUCUCUCACAGCUGGCGUCGCCCAAUCUCGUGAUCCGAUGAACAUCACUCAAAAUAAGGAUCAAAUUGUAUGCUGCGACGACAACGGUCAGCUCUCAUUCGACGCGAACGUGAACCCUGCGUGUGCGCCGAUCCUGAUUCCGAGAAAUGAUCCUGUGCACGCGUCUCAGGGGACUCAGUGCAUGAACUUUGUGAGGACGACUACUACGAGGAACAGGGGAUGUACCGGUCCUAGUGCUCCGGCUGAACCGAUAUCCACCGUGACAGCGUACAUGGACCUGUCCCUAGUGUACGGUAGUAGUGCGACCCAAGCCGCGCCAAUCCGCGCGGGAGCAGGCGGUCGUCUCCUUACAAUCCUGCGCAACGGCCGCGAAUGGCCGCCUCAGGACCCCAACAUCACUCUUACUUGUGAAUCUGCGUUGUCCCCGAAUGAGCCCUGUUAUUUGACAGGUGACAUCAGAGUCAACCAAAACCCACAGCUAACUGUCCUGCAAAUCAUAUUGCUCCGUGAGCACAACCGCAUCGCAGAUGUCCUAGCAACUUUGAACCCCCACUGGAAUGACGAGACCAUAUUCCAAGAAGCCAGAAGAAUACACAUUGCCGAGAUCCAACACAUAAAUUAUUACGAAUAUUUGCCAAUUUUCCUCGGUUACGAGAAUAUGGUAAAGAACAAACUGAUAUACCCCGGAGUAAAGGGUUACGUGAAUGACUACAACCCUAACGUGGACCCUUCGAUUCUGGAUGAGCACGCCACUGCCGCGUUCAGACAUUUCCACACUCUCAUCAGAGGAUUCUUGAAACUGAUAGCGGAGGAUCGCGCCCACAUCGGUACAGUUCGGAUGAGCGACUGGUUCAACAGACCACUUUUGCUUGAGCUGCAGAACUCCUUCAACAACUUGGCAAGAGGGCUCACGGUCCAACAGCAAGAUUUCAGCGAUCAGUUUUGGGACAGCGAGAUAACACAGUUCCUCUUCAAACGCAACAAUACAUUCGGAGGGGAUCUGCGUGCGACCGACAUCCAGCGAGGCCGAGAUCACGGCCUGGGCACGUAUGUGGCGACCCGAGGUGCCUGUGGACUUCCAGUACCCGCCAGCUUCCAUGACAUGCUGGACUAUAUCUCACCAGAGAAUGUGGAGGUCCUACAAUCCCUAUACGAGUCGCCUGCAGAUGUGGAGCUGGUGGUAGCUGGGUCCCUGGAGCGCAACGUACCCGGGGCCCAAGCGGGGCCCACUUUCCUGUGCAUUCUCACGGAACAGUUCUAUAGGACUAGGGUCGGUGACCGCUACUUCUAUGAGAACGGGGUAGACGCUGUCACUGCCUUUACACCCAGCCAGUUGGAGUCGAUUAGGCACGGCGCGUCAAUGGCGCGGCUUUUCUGCGACAACGUUGAAGAAAUCACAAUAAUGCAGCCUAAAGCCUUCCAGCAAAUAAAUCACGCAAACAAACUGGUUCCAUGUGCCAAUUUGCCGUUUGUAGAUUUGACUCUAUGGCAAGACGCCAGAAGAAACAGCUACAAAUAAUUUUCUUAAUUUUAAAUUAAUAUUUUAAUUUAAAUUUCGCGAAAAUAAUAUGUAGUUAUCAUGUAUAUUUUUUUAAAUACUGUAAGAUUAUAUUUAUUACUUAAUUCAUGAAUAUUUAAAAAAUAUGAUUUUAUACGUGUACUUACUGUUAUAAUUACUGAUGUGUUUAAAUGUUACCUCCUUAUAUCUAAAUUGAGAAUGUUUAAGCUCGAAUAAUUUCUUUAACUUAUUCCGUGAAUACUUUUAUAGUUACCGAUUUAUAUUAUAAGUAUAAAGUGUAAUAUACCUAUAAUAAUUUGUAAUAUUUUCGUGUUUUCGUGCACAAUUCUUAAGUUAGUAUUUAAAAACAAAUAAUGUUAAUUUAUUUGUACAGAAUGUGAAGAAUAAGCGAAAAUGAUAAUCUUUGAACAUGUGAUAAAAGUUUACUGUUCAAAAUAAUUUUGAUCGAAAUAAUACUGUUAAGGAAAUAAAAGAAACUUCAACGCCAUACAAGAAUAGCCAAUUUUUAUUAAUUAAUAUACAAUACACUCUACGUUUACAGUUUUUUUCAGAAGCUAUAGGUACCUAUUUGUAAAUAUUGUGAUCAUUUUGUAAUGUGAUAAUGAAUGAACGUAUGUUGUAAUUUUUAGGUUACGAAAAUCUCAUGUUUGUGUAAAUACAAUUUCAUACCUU